GAAAGAAGGGAUCGUGUGACUAUACAUACGUGGGACGAGAUGAGGAAGGAAUUCGGUGUUGGAUUUAGAUUAACCUCAUCUCGUCGUUUACAUUGUAUUAUUCUAAUCAGCAGCAGCAUCACUACAUGAACCCUCCCGUUUUUGCACACUCUGAUUUUAUCAUGUAGCAGGAUUUUUACUGUCUGGCUUGCAUUAUUUUAAACUGGAGUGCUCAUCAGAGCAAAAAGAGUGAAAAAAGUUGCAGAUUCUACACAUAAUCCGUGUUAUCACCCUUCCCAGUUAGUAGCCAGGACAUAAUACCACAAACCACAACUUAUUUUACAUUUUAUUCGGUGGUGCUAUCGAGAGGCAGUAAGUAUUAGUUUACAUACAUUUUAUUGAAUUGAGUCUUCUGCUGCUGCACUGCUGGAUGACGAGGCGUGCAUCAUAACACAUCAUACACGUCGCUUUUUGUCAGUAAAAAAUUCACAUCACUGUGACGAGCCAGAUGUCAAGGAGUCUCCGAGAAGGAGAACAACUUGCCUGGUGAAAGCAGAAUUAUUAAAGGGUUGCGAGAUUCCGGGCAGGAGGAUUCUCCCCUGCUCGCCUUCAUUCACCUGUCACCAGGCACCUGCUGCUCAUCAACGAAACAAACAUUGUUUUUUUUCUGUUUUGUUCUGCCCACUCGGCUCAAGAUUUUGUUGUGUUCUAGUUCGUUAACUAAAUUUAUUGAUUGGAUUUUUUCCCAUUCUUCUUGUUGUUUCCGGUGAAUGAAAAUUAAUUGACAAUUGAUUCGGUAUUAUUGUGAGGUGACUGAAUUCGUGGUACUUAUCAAUGUGUCGAGGAGAAGAAUAAGUUACUCGAGAAGGUCAAAUAUUUCGGAGAACAAUGUCCUGAUUGAACUGGGAGUCGUUUUUAUUUUGUGAGACGAAGAUUUUCUAUACUUUCACUUGCACGUGUCAAAGGAGGACGCUUUAAUUACCUUGACUGAUCAUGAAAAUUUUAAAAUGCUGACGACGUUCUGAAAAAUAGCCCCCACUAAAUCAUCGAUAACUAAGCAAAACUUAUUCGACCUAUUCUACGAGUCUUCCUGAGAAGAAAAUUGUGUUGUUUGUCUACUCGUUCAAAUUAUGAGUGAUAAUUCUACGCGGAUGAUACCAUCUUCGGAUAGAGUUUUAAGAAGUAGUACAAAAUCAAAUAGGAACCAGAAGGGUGGCAGCAACAACUCUUCUGCACCUGAACCCAGGAAGAUAAUCGACAAAGGUUCGCCUAAAAUAAUAUCCACUCCCACCUCCUCAUCCUCCUCCUCUUCCGUUGUCAGGAGAAGGAAAAGGAAGGGUAACAAGAGUAUGGAUCAUCAGGAGUUGGGGGAUUACACCCCAAUCACCACUAAUGGCCCACGAAGUGGAAGUUCAUCACCGGUGGAUGAUGACGAUGACGAUGACUUAUCACCAUCUAGAAACAAGCUUUAUGACAUGAAUGUGAUCAACAAUGGAGAGAAGGCGCAUUUGCUAAUGGAAGAUUCUCUGGAUCAGCAUGACGAGAUAAGUUUUCAGGAUGCAAAGCCAAAGAUGGAGGAGGAAGAGUCAUUUUGGUCCAUCAUGGUCCAGGUUUUUAUACCAUUUCUUAUCGCUGGAAUGGGAAUGGUGGCAGCCGGCGUUACGUUGGACUUGGUUCAGCACUGGCCAGUUUUCAAAGAGGUGCCCGAGGUGUUCAUUCUGGUUCCAGCGUUACUAGGACUGAAGGGCAACCUAGAAAUGACGCUUGCAUCUCGCCUUUCUACCCAGGCCAAUCUUGGAAAUUUAGAUACUGCAAGAUCUCAGUGGCACAUGAGUGUUGGGAAUCUCAGCCUAGUUCAAUGCCAAGCCAUUGUUGUUGGCUUUUUAGCAUCAGUUGCCGCAAUAGUGCUAGGUUGGAUACCUGAUGGGCACUUCGAUAUGGACCAUGCUCUGAUAUUAUGUACGAGUAGUGUGGUCACAGCCUCUAUAGCAAGUUUUGCUCUAGGCCUCGUUAUGGUUCUGGUGAUUAUUUUGUCGAGGAUGUUUAGAAUUAAUCCUGACAAUGUUGCCACUCCUAUUGCCGCUAGUCUUGGUGACCUUACAACGCUCGCUUUGCUGGCAUUCAUAUCGAAUUCUGUCUACGGAGCAAUAGGCACUCACAAGUGGUUGUGCCCAUCAAUUCUUACAGGGUAUUUGUUAUCUAUGCCGUGUUGGGUCAUCCUCGCGAAAAGAAACAAGCUGACAAAGAUGGUGCUCUAUUCAGGCUGGACCCCUGUGCUGAGUGCCAUGAUGAUUAGCAGCCUCGGUGGACUUAUUCUAGACUUCACUGUUAAGAAAUUUGUGGGAGUGGCCGUGUUUCAACCCGUGAUAAAUGGGGUCGGCGGUAACCUGGUGGCUGUGCAAGCUAGUCGCAUAUCCACAUCGUUUCACUGUCGGACGCCAUUAGGGGUUCUUCCGAGCAGUGUUCAGCGAGUUUGUACCAAUCCUUGGAAUGCCUUUUUCGCCAAGGGUGGACAUGCAAUGACUGCUCGUGCCCUAAUUUUAAUGGUUGUACCUGGCCACUUAAUUUUUGCAUACACAAUCAGCUAUAUUCAAGCUGGUCAUACUUCAAUUACACCAGUUUUUGUUAUUUUCUACUUACUAGCAGCCUUAGUUCAGGUUAUCCUACUGCUCUAUAUUGCGGAAGUCCUCAUACAGUACUUGUGGCUGAAUAAAAUAGAUCCUGACAACUCUGCAAUCCCGUAUCUGACGGCUUUAGGAGAUGUCAUCGGUACUGCAUUGCUGGCAUUGGCUUUCCUCGCAUUGUACGCCAUUGGAGACAGGGAUUCGGACGUUGGAGAUUAGUUUCUUCAAGGGUUACGAAAGUAUAAAAGCAAGAUCCUGUUACCAAUCUUUUAAAGAUUCAAAGUUAACUAUUAUCGAGAUUAUUGAAUCCUGGACACAAAAAUUAUUAUGUCACCUUCAUUGCUCUUCAACCUCAACAGUUUGGGUGCAAUAAAAUUAACAAUAACAUAGGUAGUAAGUAGUUAGUCCUCUAAGGAACUAUAGAUGUACAUAUGUACACAUAUGCAUUUGUUCGUUUGCCAAACAUUUGGCAAAUGCGUGAAAAUCUCAACUUCUAGUAAUAUAAUGCGAUGACAGAAUUUAUUAGGUUAUUGUAAAUUGUUGGCGUGCAAAAAAGUACUUUUUUAGUAUUCCUGUUAUUUCCUAAACGGUAUCGUUCGUUGAUUUAUAGUUAUAUGCAUUUAGUUUUUAGAGCAGAAUCCAUUCAGUAGAUUCUUUAAACAUCAGAGAAAUUAUUUGUAUAAUUAUUAUUCAGUUGUGGUGCUAAUGAACUGUAGUCAAUUUUGGCCAUUGUUAUAAAUAUUAUGAAUAUUUGCACGAAAUGCCAACGCUGAAAACGUAAAAUAUGCGUAAUGCGUACAACAGCGUAUAGAAUGAUUACUGUGAUGCGCGAUGCCAAGUAAUAUGUAAUAGUGAGUAAUACGAAUGGGUCAUAAUAAUGGGCUGCAAAGAGUUGCUUGUGUAAUAUUUAGGAGGAAUCGUCUCGUUACUUUAAUUCAUUCGACAUAGUUCCAUAGACUUCAGUACUAGUACUUCUAAGAAUUGUCAAGUGCCUUGUACGAAACAAAAACCGUACAGUUUAGACAGUAUAAUAACAAAUAAUUGUACAAAAUUCCCUUUGCACGCAAAUAUACAAUCAUCGGGAUUAUGUGUGUGAUAAAUUAUUCAACAUUGUGACCUGAAGAGCGUGCCUCCUCACGGUCCAAAUUUCUAGUCUUAAAAGUCUUUUCUAGCUAGAAUUGUUUAUAAAAGUAGAACAAUACACUCUCUCGAGAACGCUUCUUGGUGCUGCAGACAACAUUUAAAUAUAGUAAAUGCAAAUAGAGUAUAGAACAUAUAAAGACCUGUAUCAUUACAUUGUAGCAAAAUUAUGGUAAAAAAUAAAUGAUCAGAAGCACAAA